UGCAGUAAAAAUACAGCUUGCUGCCUCUUCAUGUACACCAUUGCAAACAUGAAUUAAGGGGUUCAAAUAUACAAGAAACACCUUUUACAGUGGUCUUUUUUAAAACAGAACAUUUAACCCUGUUUAAAAGGUUGAUUUUAAUGCAGGAUGCUCCAUUAUCUAGAUAGCUUUAAAACUUAACGUGUUUGUAUGAUGGGGUUUAUGGGUGUUUAAAUUUACUGAUGCUUUUGGUAUGUUUUUAUCCAUAACACAUUCAUAGUAGUAGUUUUUUAACCAAGUUGAAACAGCAGUGGAAUUAAUGUGGCCUUUUAAUAGAAUGUGAAAAGAGAGGCUUGGCAUUCAAGUUAUUAAUGUUUCAAAGCACAGGGCAAAAGCAACACAGAGCCCAAACAACUGCUUGUUCUCCUCCUGGCUUUAUUUAUCAAAAUGAUAACAUUACAUAAUUUAUUUUAAACGCCACACACUGGAGCAAGGGACAAAGACAAGUGUCCAUGGGCCAUUUCUAAAAAUGUCAUCAAACACAUCACAAUUUGUGAACUGGAAGCUCUCGGAAAAGUAUCUCCUGUCGCCACCUGGAACAGUUUACCUUAUUCAACCAACUUUUGCUCCAACUUCGACUUAUUAAUGCUGGCUAUCCGCAUGUGAAUAUGUCUGCUUCUGAGUCAACCCAGAAUCAGCAUGAUACUCUGGCCAGAACUUGCUCAGAGCUGAGAAAAUCGCUGCCGCCUGCGAGGAGGAGGACACAGCUACGUGCCUCGCACAGGACGUAAUGCAGAAAAUCAGCGCCCUGAUGGACCUGAAGUUUACUGAGCUCCACCUGACUCUGGAAGGGAUGAACAGCCGUAUCAAAGACAUAUCGAACGGAAGUCGGCACACAGGCCAUGGAUCACUUGAUUAACAUAUUGCAAACUGACAGGUCAGACUCUGAAAUCCUCGGUUAUGCUUUGGAUACAAUCUACAACAUCAUCUGCAACGAUGAAGAGGAGGAACAAGAUGAAUCAGAAGACGCAGUAAUGCAAAUCCCUCUCUCAGGGAAGCAUAAGAAUGUGCCAGCACCUGACGAGGCUGGUCAGAAGCAGGCGGACGACCUGGGUGCUCAGUUCACCGACAAGUUUGUUGAAGACCCUGAACAUGUGACCCUACUGCUGACUCUGCUGGAGGAGUUUGACUUCCAUGUACGCUGGCCUGGUGUAAAGCUAUUGACUGCUCUGCUGAAGAACCAGGGUGCCCAGGUCCAAGGGAUCAUUUUAGUCAGUCCCAUGGGUGUUUCCAGGUUGAUGGAUUUGUUGGCAGACUCCAGAGAGGUGAUUAGAAAUGAUGGCUUGUUGCUGCUUCAACAGCUGACUAAAAGCAACGCUGCAAUUCAGAAAAUUGUGGCAUUUGAAAAUGCAUUUGAGCGUCUUCUAGACAUCAUCACAGAGGAGGGCAGCAGUGAUGGAGGUAUUGUGGUGGAGGACUGUUUGCUGCUGCUGCUCAACCUGCUAAAGAACAACAGCUCCAAUCAGAACUUCUUCAAGGAGGGCUCGUACAUUCAGAGGAUGAAGCCCUGGUUUGAGGUUGGGGAUGAUAACUCUGGUUGGUCUGCACAGAAAGUCACCAACCUGCACCUCAUGCUACAGUUGGUGCGAGUCAUGGUGUCUCCGGUGAAUUCUCCUGGAGCCACAGCCAGCUGUCAGAAGUCCAUGUACCAGUGUGGUCUGCUGCAGCAGCUGUGUACCAUCCUCAUGGCCACCGGUGUACCCGCUGACAUCCUCACUGAGACCAUCAACACCGUGUCAGAGGUUAUCAGAGGCUCCCAGGUCAACCAGGACUACUUUGCUUCUGUCAACGCCCCGUCAAACCCACCAAGACCAGCCAUCGUAGUGCUCCUCAUGUCCAUGGUGAACGAGAGACAGCCCUUUGUGCUUCGGUGUGCAGUGCUCUACUGUUUCCAGUGUUUCCUCUACAAAAACCAGAAAGGGCAGGGGGAGAUCGUGGCCACACUGCUGCCCUCCACUAUCGAUGCUAACUCUAUCUCAGCGGGCCAGCUGCUGUGUGGAGGCCUGUUCUCAGCAGACUCUCUGUCUAACUGGUGUGCUGCUGUAGCUUUGGCUCAUGCCCUGCAGGACAACCUGACCCAGAAGGAGCAGCUUCUGAGGGUCCAACUGGCCACCAGUCUGGGAAAGCCCCCUGUCUCUCUGCUGCAACAGUGCACCAACAUCCUCUCUCAGGGAGAUAAGAUCGCCCGGCGGGGCAGUAAAGUUCAGACGAGGGUGGGCCUCCUCAUGCUGCUGUGUACAUGGAUCAGCAACUGUCCCAUCGCUGUCACACACUUUCUGCACAACCAGGAAAACGUUCCCUUCCUGACGGCCCAGAUCUCAGAGAACCUGGGAGAGGAUGAAAGGUUGGUGCAGGGCUUGUGUGCGCUGCUCCUUGGCAUCUGCAUCUACUACAAUGACAACUCGCUGGAAAACUACACCAAAGAGAAGCUAAAGCAGCUCAUCGAGAAGCGGAUUGGGAAGGAGAACUUUGUAGAAAAAUUGGGCUUCAUCACUAAACAUGAGCUGUACUCGAGGGCGGCUCAGAAACCACAGCCUGUCUUCCCAUCUCCUGAGCAGAUGCUGUUUGACCACGAGUUCACCAAGCUGGUCAAAGAGCUUGAGGGUGUGAUCACAAAAGCAGUUCAUAAAUCAAGUGAAGAGGAGAAGGAGGAGGAGGAGGUGAAGAAGACGUUAGAGCAACACGACAACAUCGUGACUCAGUACAAAGAGCUGAUCAGAGAACAGGAUGCUCAGAUCCAGGAGCUGAAGGAACAGGUGGCGACCAUGUCGGCUCAAAACGAACAGAUGCAGACGACGAUGACACAACAGCUGUCCCAGAUCCAGCAGCACAAAGAUCAGUACAACAUCCUCAAACUGAAAUUAGGUAAAGAAAACCAGCCCAACAGUCAGGGAGACAGCACACAGGUGAAUGGGCUGCAGACAGAGGAGGUCACACAGCUCAGAGAGGAACUAGAGGAGCUCCGCAAGCAAUACACACUCCUUCAGACACAACUCAGCGACAAAGACACACUCAUCAACAGCCUGAGGUCAGAGACGUCCCAGACAGCUGAGGGUUCAGCAGCAGAAUCAGACAACACAGAACUGCUCAAGGAGCUUGAGGCUCUAAGGAGUCAGGUCCAGUCACAGUCAGCAGAAAUCAACCAGAUGAGGACAGAAAGAGAAGAGCUUCUCAGGAGAGCUGAAGCUUCUUCCUCAGAUGCAGCUCCCAGCAGUGACGGCUCAUUAGACGCUGCAAAGAUGGCAGAACUGGAGAGCAGACUCGCAGCACAGACCGCCGAGACAGAGCGACUCAAGGCGGAAGGAAAGAGCUCGUCGGAUAGCAGGGUGGAGCUGGAGCAGCAGCUGGCCUCAACCACCAGCACGGUGGCCAUCCUGCAGACAGAGAAGGCAAAGCUGCAAACAGAGGUGCAGGAGUCCAAGAAGGAGCAAGACGACCUGCUGAUGCUGCUGGCUGACCAGGACCAGAAGAUCCACAGCCUUAAACAGAAACUCAAAGACCUGGGAGAGACGGUGGACGAUGAGGACGACCUCGAUACCAGGGACCAAACAGAUGAUGAUUACGAGGAGGAGGAUGAGGAUGAAGACUAGAGAUGAAGAGAAAAACACUGAGAGAAGAAAAAGGAGAUUUGUCUGCCAGCAGGCAAGAAAAGACUUUUCAGAAACACACCAGAGAAACUGAACUUUAGGACUGAUAUAAUGAAGAAGUUUCUCUCCCUGUCUGCCAUGCUGUUCAGUUUUCUUUACUCCUGUCCAUCACAUCACACAGUCAUGUUAGUUUCAAGACAUUUUUUAGUUAAAAAUGUGGUUCUGCAGUUUCCAGUAACAGAAAGGAUAUAAGCAUGUCAGUGCAUUCAUCUCUGCCAUCAGAUUGCGAUGGAUUUGACUGGUCUUGUUAAUUGUAACGUAUUGUCACAUAGAGUUAGGUUAAUUUUAACACACAAGUCACCUGAGGAAUUCAGAGAGGAUGAUUGAAAAUGUAGCAAAGAUACAAUUAGCAGAUUUGAUCUUCUCAUUUUAUCAUAAACAUUCAGAUGAACUUUUCAUGCUUCCCCUCUCUGACGUGAUGCACAGACGGCAUCAAGAUCAUCUGUGACUCGUCGCUGUGCUGCACCCUCAGUUCUUCACUCACAUACACAUUAGCCAGUUCAGGUUUAGUGUGUUACAGUAUUUCAUCUCUGUUUCAUUUCACUUAAAAAGAUAAAAAACCUAAUUGCUCUACAAUAUGCUGCAAAAACCAACACUGACAGAAAAGAUGUAAAGACAAAAAAGAUAUUUUUGCAACUUUUUGUCCAGUUCUGGCAUCCAGCUUCUGUAUGAUAUUAUGUAACUUAUCGAUUUAUGAGCCACAUUGAUAUGAAUAAAGAAUCUAUCAGUCUGUAUGGAGGGAUGAUUGUAGAUAAAUUAAAUUUUACUAAAUCCACAAUAA